UCCGAAUGGAUUUCCCGCCAUUCUUUAUUUACAUUUUUUCAUCACAAGAAAGAGGUUGUGUUGUGCCGAACGGUUAAUUUUACUGAAAUGUAUAUUAAAAUAAGGAAAUUGGGGGCCCCACAAGGCGAAGGCGAUGCCAUUAUAAACAUUUCAAAAAUGGCUCUAAUUCAAGAAUUAAAAGAAAUGAUUUUACAAGAAAUGAAUGUCGAAGCAGAGCAACAACUUCUAUUGUACAAAGGAAAACAGUUGAUAGACGACCAUAAAGUUAUGGAUUACGAUAUACAAUUAAAUGAUGUGAUACAACUAAUGAUACGGAAGCCUAGGGAACCCAGUGAGGAGCCAGAAAAAGAGAAAAAUAACGAAAAAACUAAAGAUAAAGAAAAUUUAGUGGAAUGCGAGAGUUUAUACUACAAAAAAGGUGAUUUUGUUGAUGUUAUUCAUGAUGGAAACGGUGCUUGGUAUGAAUCUGUUAUUGAAGAAGUUUUAAUGAAAGAAAGCGAUGAAACAGAGAAAGAAUUCGUGUAUAAAGUAAAAGGUGAUGAUGAUGUUGCUACUACCUUUGAAAUGAAUGUUUCUGAUAAAGAAAUCAGACCCAGAAGCUUUUACACAUACAAAACGAAUGAAUUAAAAGAAGAAAUGAUUGUUUUGGUGAACUACAACAUAGAGGAACCUAAAACUCGAGGACCAUGGUUUGAUUUUAAGAUAGUGACAGUUAAUAAUAAAACAGUAAAUGGGACAGUUUUUGUUGGCAAAGAUAAAACUCCAAUUGAAAAUUGUACUUUGAAAUUUAUCGAUGAAAUUAUGAGAAUUGAGGAGAAAGCUUUAAUAACAGAGAGAGAAGAAAGAAGGGUGCCCAAAAAGCCUCCAGUCAGAAAGUAUCCGUUCAACUGCGAUAAAUGCAAAGACGCGAAAGGCCGCAAGUGCCGCGAGUGCGGCUGCCGCGUAUGCGCGGGCAAAGACAGCUGCGACACGAUCAUCCUGUGCGACGAAUGCGACUACGGCUAUCACAUAGCGUGUCUGGACCCGCCGCUGGAGAAGGUGCCCGAAGAGGAGGAGUGGUACUGUCCCGAGUGCAAGACCGACGACAGCGCCAUCGUCAAGGCCGGCGAGAAGCUCAAGGCCAGCCAGAAGAAGGCCAAGAUGGCCAGCAGCAAGGGCGACGCUAAGCGCGACUGGGGCAAGGGCAUGGCCUGCGUGGGCAGGACCAAGGAGUGCACCAUCGUCUCCAAGAACCACUACGGGCCCGUACCCGGAGUAGAAGUCGGCACCUGCUGGAAGUUUAGGCUGCAGGUAUCUGAAGCUGGCAUCCACAGGCCUCAUGUGGCCGGUAUCCACGGUCGCGAAACAGAUGGCGCUUACAGUUUGGUGUUGAGUGGGGGGUACGAGGACGAUGUCGACAACGGGGAAGAGUUUUUUUAUACCGGGUCGGGAGGUAGAGACCUGUCCGGGAAUAAACGAGUCAACGAUCAGAGUUGCGACCAGAAACUCACCAGAAUGAACAAAGCGCUAGCUUUAAAUUGCUACGCCAAAUUCAACGAUAAGGAAGGCGCCGAAUCUGCAGAUUGGAAAAAGGGUAAACCUGUGAGGGUGGUGCGUAAUUAUAAGCUGGCCAAACAUUCCAAAUACGCUCCCAAAGAGGGUAACAGAUAUGAUGGAAUUUACAAGGUUUUAAAGUAUUAUCCGGAGAAAGGAAAAUCGGGAUUUAUCGUUUGGAGGUAUUUACUUAGAAGGGAUGAUGCGUCAUCAGCGCCUUGGGAGCAAGGUGGACAAGAAUUUGACUUGAUUUAUCCUCCCGGUUAUCUGGAAGCCCAGGAGGCGGCCGAGCAAAAAAAGGAGAACAAAUCGAAAUCCCCCGCCAAAGAGGCGGCCAAAAAGGGGACGAAACGUAAGGCCCAGAAGGACGCCAGCCUAAAAACUAUGACGGACUUUUUCAAUUCGACUCCGAAAAAAUCCAAAGUAUCCGAAUUCAAAUUAACCCCCGAAGUUUCGGGUUUGAUCGCCAAAGACGAAACAAACCGAAAGUUGUGGGACGAAUGCAAGGAAAACGUUAAGGAUGGCAAAGUGAAGUUUUUGGAGAAAGUUGAGGAAGUUUUUAUGUGCAUCUGUUGCCAGGAAGUUGUCCAUCAGCCAUCCACAACAGACUGCAAACACAACAUUUGCAAGGUAAGGUUAAAGCAAUCAAAAACUUGGUUUUAAAUAAAUAAUUUUCAGGCUUGUCUGAAAAGAUCUUUUUCGUCAAAAAUUUACACUUGUCCUUAUUGCCGAUUUGAUUUGGGAGAAAAAUAUAUAAUCAAAGUAAAUGAGCCAUUAAGUGAAGCCCUUCUUUUAUUGUUUCCUGGUUAUGAAGCCACCAGAUAGUGUAUUACCUUCAUUUAAUUUUUAACGUUUAUAUUUGUAUUAUUAUUAUUAUUGUUUUAGAAUUGAUGACAUAAUAUUUUUAAUAAAAUCUUAUACAAAA